AUGACGUCACGUGUGUGGACAUGGACGUCUACGUUUGAGGACCUUACCAGUACAUGUUCCACAUUUUCCGUGUUAUUUGGACUAAUUACUGGAACAAAGAAGAUGUCGUCGCCUCUGUCGAAGCCCCAAAUCAUCGCGCACAUCCAAAAAAGUUUAAACUACACCGUGUUUGACUGUAAAUGGAUCCCGUGUAGUUCCAAGUUCGUUUGUAUGGGCAACUUUCCAAGAGGAACUGGAGUGAUGCAAAUCUAUGAAAUGCAGCAUGGGGAGGCUCAGCUUCUCAAAGAGGUAGAGAAGCCCAAACCCAUAAAGUGCGGCACAUUUGGGGCCACAUCUCUCCGACAAAGACACAUAGCAACGGGAGAUUUUGACGGACAUUUAAAUAUAUGGAACCUGGAAGUGCCUGACGUGCCGGUGUACACAGUGAAGGCCCACAAAGAGAUAGUGAAUGCUAUCGAUGGCGUCGGGGGCCUGGGGAUCGGUGACGGUGCGCCUGAGAUUGUCACUGGAAGCAGAGAUGGCACAGUCAAAGUUUGGGACCCUCGUCAGCGGGACUCACCCGUGGCCAACAUGCAACCCGUUGAAGGAGACGCCAAGAGGGACUGCUGGACUGUCGCAUUUGGUCACGCCUUCAAUGACCAGGACCGAUGUGUAUGCGCCGGCUACGACAACGGGGACAUCAAACUGUUUGACCUGCGGAAUAUGUCCUUGCGGUGGGAGACCAACAUCAAGAAUGGGGUUUGCUGCAUGGAGUUUGACAGGAAAGACAUCAACAUGAACAAGCUGGUGGCCACCUCGCUGGAGGGGAAAUUCCACGUCUUCGACAUGAGGACUCAGCACCCCAGCAAAGGCUUUGCCUCCGUUUCCGAAAAGGCUCAUAAAUCGACCAUCUGGCAGGUGAGACAUUUACCUCAGAACAGAGAGAUCUUUCUGACCACAGGUGGAUCAGGCAGCCUUCAUCUAUGGAAAUACGAGUAUCCUGCUCAGAGAAGCAAGCCAGAUUCAGACGGCACCAGUGUGGGCGUGGCCGGGACGGUUAACCUCUUACAAAACGUCACGCUGUCCACCCAGCCAAUCGCCAGUCUGGACUGGAGCCCCGACAAGCAAGGCUUGUGUGUGUGUGCCGGCUUUGACCAGUCUGUGCGCGUGCUCAUUGUCACUAAACUCAAUUUGGUGUGACAAAUCUCGCCUACACACAUGCCAAACCAGGAUUUAUACUUCCAAACCAUACCAUUGAACUGAACUGGACCUUUCGAUUGAUUUGUUUUCUCUUUUUUUUACAUACAAAAAUGUGGCACGUGACCUGCAUUUAGUUUCUUUGAACUGACUUUUAAAUAAAGGAUGAGAAACGUCAA